AUGUCGACCUCCGUUGAAACCACCGCGACGACCGCCAAGCCUGCACCGCUACCAGUCGAAGGUGCGCUCGUGCAGAUGAAAUCGAAGACGGAAUCAGCAAAAGCGGAAAUGCAUCAUGUCACUGGUCUCAAACUCUUCCUGCUUGUCGCUAGUACCUCUCUUAUUACCUUCCUGCUGCUGCUCGACCAGAGCAUACUCAGUACCGCGAUACCGCACAUUACGAGCCAGUUUCAUUCCCUGCCAGAUGUAGGAUGGUAUAGUGGAGCAUAUCAGUUGGCUGCUGCGGCCCUACAGCCUCUCAGCGGCAAGAUCUACACUCAUGUGAGGAUCAAACAUGUCUUCAUGGUACAUCUCUUCGUCUUUGAGCUUGGAUCUCUUGUCUGCGCUGUAGCGACGAGCUCCUCGAUGCUCAUCGGCGGACGUGCACUAGCUGGACUGGGCGCAUCCGGACUGAUGAACGGCGGGUUGAACAUCAUCACUAAUUCUACGCCGCUGGAAAAACGCCCAUUGUAUACCGGAAUCAUGAUUGGGAUUGGGCAGAUGGGUUUGGUGUCUGGUCCGCUCAUUGGGGGCGCGUUGACAGAACACGCAACCUGGAGAUGGUGCUUCUACAUGAAUCUUCCCAUAGGAGCCGUCACCGCCGCCAUGCUCGCUAUCAUCCACAUCCCGGAGCCAAAUCCAAAAGCGCCCUACUCUUUCGCUCUCUUCAAAGACCUCGUUCUCCACAAGCUGGAUCUCCCCGGUUUCGCCUUAUUCGCGCCAGCUUGCAUAAUGCUGCUACUCGCUCUGCAGUUCGGCGGUGAAGGGUCACAUGCUUGGAGCAGCGCGACCGUGAUAGGUCUCUUCGUCGGCGCAGGGGUUGUGGCCAUUAUCUUCAUCGCAUGGGAAGCUAGAGUUGGGGAUCAAGCCAUGAUACCAGGAUCGCUGUUCAAAAGCCGCAUAUUAUUGGCAUGCAUCGGGCAGACCAUCGGCCUAGGUGUCUGCGUAUUUGUAGGAAGCCUCUGGGUGCCGACGUACUUCCAGAGCGUGAAAGGAGCGGGGCCGACGGAAAGCGGCAUCAACGUGCUGCCACAGAUCCUGAGCCAGCUGCUCUUCGCAAUCAUGUCAGGCGCCGCAGUGUCGAAGCUAGGCUUCUACAUGCCAUGGGCGGUCUUCAGCGGCGCAGUGGUAGCUAUCGGCAACGGCCUACUGUCGACGCUGACCCAGCAUACGAGCACCGCGAGAUGGAUUGGAUACUUGAUACUUGUCGGUGCUGGGCGCGGCGCAGGCAUGCAGAUGUCUCUUGUAGCGACCCAAUCCGCCCUUCCCAUGCGCCUCAUCCCCGUCUCUCUCGCCUUCCUCAUCUUCAUCCAGAACCUCGCCGCAGCCAUCUUCCUCGUUGUCGCAAACACCAUCUUCACACAAUCCCUUAUUAAGAAGCUCGCUCAAUACGCGCCGUCCGUCUCUCCACAAAAGGCGCUGGAAGCCGGAUCUAGCGCCGAUGCAGUGAGGAAGCUUGUCGCACCCGACAGACCUUGGGAAGUGGAUGGUGUGUUGAACGCGUAUAGUGAGAGCUUAAAGAAUAUUUGGUUGAUGUUGGUUGCGUUUGCCAGUAUAGCCUUUUUGUGCUCGUUUGGAAUGGGCUGGGUGGAUGUGCGGAAGAAGAAAGGAGGGAAGGACGAAAAGAAGGAGAGCGAGGUCGAGGAAGAGCACACAGUGAGCGAGAAGGAAAGUGUGUGA